AUUUGACUUUCUCGUCUGCCUGAGCGCAUGAGUCAAGGUGUCUUUGCAAGCGGUUUUAUAUUUGGUAGCAAACGUAACUCGCUCCUUCGUGGAUACAUAAAUGUCCUCUUCGCUUAGGCAGCAGUUCUACGGUGUUAUGACUGCGACUUAGGUGCUUGUGCAUUGGCAUCUCACUGUGUCAGUCAGCAGAAAGUGGAUCCCAGCAGACAGCUCUGGUGCAGUGUUCGGACCUCCCCAAUGUCUCUAUUAGAAGACGCGCUGCAUUUGAUGCGUGCAGUGCUGGAGUAUUUUGGAGUUCCUCCAGAAAUGUUGGUUCCAGUGUGGGACAGUCAGCUGUGCGGUCAAUACCGCAGCAUUGUUCGGAUGAUCGGGACAAACCUGCCUCUGACACCUAUGCCACGAGUGCACUUUCAGCUCCCUCUCCUCACUGGCAUGUUGCAAGGUAAUGAUGACAUCACCGUGGAUAAACCUGCAAUCCCCACCUUUGCUGAUGUGCUUUGGGUAUUUGAGGAUGAAGGUGACAGCUGUGCCAAAACCAGGAACUAUUUACCUCCAAAGAAGCAAAUAUCAGUUAAAAAGGAUGCGCUCAGAUGUCCUAAGGGGCCCGUGAAUCAAACCCACCGAGGAAGAAAGCCUGCGAAGCCAAAACUUGGCUGUGAAGACAUAAAGAAGAUCACAGCACUGGAGAGCGAACUCCUCAAACUGCAGGCUCAGAUUGCAAUGAUUGUCACUGCUGCUGCUACUUCAGGCCUGAAUGUGUCCCAGACUCUUCCCGCCUCACCAGCGAUGUCACCCGGUCCAUCGUUGUCACCCAGAAUCACAUCCACACCACGCGCUACAGCACCUCCACCUCCACCUCCACCCCCUCCUCCUCUUCCUCCCUCAUUCAGCUUCAGCACAGAGACGCCAUUGGUGACGGAGCUGAUCCAGCUACGGAGAAAGAAUCUGGACAAGGCUCAGAUCAAGGCCGAGGUUUCUGAGAAGAAAGGCGCACCCUCCAUGUUGGACAUUCUCAAGGACUUAAACCAAGUUAAACUCAAAGCAGUUGAGAGAUCGCCAGGGGGCACUCCAGUCAACAGAAGGCGCAGUAAGGGAAUUUCAGCGCUGCAAAACGACCCCGCUGCUCUCAUUGCAGAAGCGCUGAAGAGAAAAUUUGCUCUCCAUCGCCACAACUGUUCUUCAGACAAAGAGAACUCAAUAGACCUCUCACCAUUCGGGAGCCCAGAUGUCCCAAAGAGCACCCAACAUACCAGGAGGAGCCAGGGCCGCAUCCAUCUGUGAUCCAGUUUAAAGUCUGACCUCUGAGCUUCCAACAUGACGACAUCCCAGCGACCAAUCACUGAUUCUGCUGUCGUGCCUCUGAGAUUCCUGCUGCAGCUUUUAUUUUAUUUUUUUAAAUGUUUGUCUUCCGAGUGUGAAACACCAGGAAUAGAGGCGAUGCAUAAGGUUCACACAAUCCUGCCUUUAAUCUUGUCUGCCUGGUGUUUUACAAUUUCGGUACAAUUAAACAGUGUUGUAUGAAUGGCAACUUAUUUGGACAAGUGAAUGUAGCUUUUUUUUACAUGUUGUCUGUGUUGUUGUAUUCCUUUUUUUCUGCAGAGAUUUAUAUCUGUUUACACGCCAGUAUGCACUGUAGCUUGGGUUCAACAAAGGCUGGAAUUUAUUUAUUAAACUAGGCAUCCAAAUUUCUGGAAAUAAUUUCUUUUUUAAAAAACAAUGCAAACAAAGGGGAAUGAUAGGACUCAAUUUAAGACAUGUACUUGUUGCUAAAUAAAUACUAUUCUGGGGGUUUGUUUUGUUUCUGUUUUCACACUUGGCUGUCAAGAUUCCAUGUGGUGGAUCUGCAACUUAGUCGUAUGGUUGGUGACUACAUUUGUCAACCCAGUGAGACAAGUUUGUCUAUAUCUAUGCAACAGCAGCUUCUGGUUCAAUGGAAUUAAAGCAAAUUGAUCAUUUUUAAUAUUUGUCUUCUGUUGAAAUGGUGCCUGCUUAAAAACUGAU